AAUCGGACUAUUAUACCACUGGAAUACAUUCAAUUUCGCGGCAUUACUCCAGCCAAUGAUGGUUUACAUGUUCAAAACCUUCGCAUAUUUAGGGUUCAUAUGUUACUCAUUCAAAUUAGGCGUCGAAACUAAUAUAGGAGCAUUACUGAAAAACAUAGACAAGCAAACUACCAUCAUCUGUUAUUUAGGGUUUUUCGCCUCAAUUGCGUUUAGUUAUGUUGGAUUGAAAAUCCUUAACAUAACUUCAAACGAUGGAAUAAGGAGGAUAAUUCUUCUUAAUGCUCAAAGUUUCUUCGUGGUUACGUGCAACCACGUUAAUGAAAUUGGCAUAGGCAACUCCGAGCUAGGUCGUUUGGCUUGUACGGUAUCUUUGAUCCUUGAUAUAUUUGGAAUGUUUUUGAAUACAUUGGUUGACAAUGUUAUAUUUCCUGUAAUCGAAGGAAACUUCUUGCACCCAAUCAUGGUUAUUGGAACCUACAUUUUGAUGCUUAUAGUUUGUAGGCCAUUAGUCAUUCACAUUAUUAGUUAUACACCCGAAGGAAAACGUGUUAAAGAAUCCCAUUUUUUCGCCAUAUUCUUAAUUGUUCUUUUGUUAGCCUUCCUUAGCUUACAAAUGCAACACUUUUUUGCUGUUUUCUUGUUCGGAUUCUUCCUACCCACGGAACCAUUAUCCACGAUUUUGUACGAGAAAUUAGACGCCAUUACUUCAUCUGUUUUGUUCCCUAUCUUCUGUGCAGUCCAUGGAUUUCGAGCAGAUUUGAAUUCUCUCCAUAUUAAAUCUUUUGUAUUAGAGACUCUUUUGAUUAUGGGUGCUUCUGGUAAAUUUUUGGCAACUCUUAUUUCUUCCAUGUGUUUUGGAGUUCAUCUCAAGACCGCCUUUUGUCUUUCAAUCAUCAUGGCUUCUGGAGGUUUUAUUAAUUUAAUUAAGAUUGGCCAAUAUCAACAAGUUGGGGAAUUGAGUACAGAACAAUGCACAACAAUGUCACUACAUAUUUUUAUCUGGACUGGAGCCUUGUUACCCCUCGUAAGACAUCUAUAUAAACCAUCAACACAAUAUACAACCAUUAUAAGACAAGGUGUGAUUUCAUCAUCGGAAGCUGGCAAUUUACAAGUAUUAUCAUGUAUUUUUAAGGAAGAAAAUCUACCUGGAAUUAUGCGUCUUCUCCAAGCUUUUCACCCUAUUAGUACAAAGAAGUCAAUACCCGUAAUUGCCCUUCAAAUAAUUCCAAUCAUCACUAGCGGUGUCUCCCUCCCAAUCCUCGCACCCCUACAUGAGAUCCAAUCAUCGGCUGCUUACCGAUCUAACCUCUCUCGUUGCAACCGCACUGUAAACGCUUUGGUAAGCCUUGAACACAAGACUAAUGGUGUUAUUCGCCCGCAACAUUACGUUUCAGUAUCUUCAUAUGCGGCUAUGCACAACGACAUAUGUAGUGUCUCACAUGACAAUAACGUGAGUUUACUCAUUCUACCUUUCCACGCACAAUGGACUAAUUAUAAUAACACCAAGGGAUUCAAACAUCAUUCUCAAAACAUUAGAGAUGUCAAUAAAAUGGUGUUAGAUAUGGCACCUUGUUCAAUAGGUAUGCUAGUUGAUCGAGGAGAUCAGAAUUUGGCCAACUUUAGUGAUGUGUAUCGUGUUGCUAUUUUCUUCAUAGGCGGGGUUGAUGAUCAAGAGGCUUUAGCGUUUACCACUGUAUUCGCAAACAAUCCAAGAAUUAGGGUCGACGUUGUUAGGUUGAUAUCGAUUAAUAAGACUCAAAGUGAUGACGACAACUUUGAGGACAAUGACGCCAUUAAUAGUUUCCAACUUCGGUGUAUAGAUAAUGAAAGAGUGUCGUUUGAAGAGGUGGUUGUUAACGAUGGUGGAGAAACUACUAGUGUGGUUGUAAAGAUGAAAGAUGAAUUUGAUUUGGUGAUAGUUGGUAAAUACCAUGAGCCCGGGUGUGUUCCUUUGUUCGGGCUUUUGGACCGGUGGUGUGAUUAUCCGGAGUUAGGGAUUUUAGGUGAUAUGUUAGUAUCACCGGAAUUUGAGUUCUCGGUUUUAGUUGUGCAAGAGCGGCCUAGCUUAUAGGAAUCAAAAUUAUGUUGAUGUUGAUGGGGAUGAUAUUGAUUAUUGAGCAUUGAGCAUUGAGAGGUAGAAAUCAAAAUUGGAGGAAAACAUGUGCAAAGUGCAGGACUUCCCUAACAUAUAAGCCAUUAAUCUUUACAGAAUACAACCCAUCGUUCGAAGAAUCCCAAGUCAAGCAAUCCUCCGGUGCCCUAGGACUGAUUCCAUUUAUAAUUUGUAAUGUGCUUGUGACUCGUUCGCACACAAUUUUGUCCUAAAUAUACUUCGAUGUGAAAGUUAGUGAAUAAUCACAAAAUUAUUAGUUUUUACAUUGUCUUGAAGUAUAGAUUGAAUUUGGAAUAGCAAAUAGGGGGGGAAUUGGGGGGCUUGGCAGGGGCCAUGGGCCCCCAUGAUAUGUUUAAAAUUUAAAUAAGUACUACAAUGGCACAUAUUUAAUAUAGCUUUACUGGUUAGUUUUACCUAAAAGUUAGAGGUAGUUAGAAGUAUAAGGUUUGAAUCUUAGCUCCCUCACUUUUAAUCUUGUUUUUUAAUUUUAUUUUUGUUUUCCAUUAUUAUAAAAAUUAUAAGU